CGGUUACGUCUGAAUAUGGUUUGUCAUCCUACGUCGCACAUUGAACCGACUCCUCGUGCUUUCUUCCUGCAGAAGCGAACUGUCAUCUGUGACCCCGUCAUCUGCCCGGUGUUGACCUGCUCCAAAACCCUCCAGCCCGAGGACCAGUGCUGCCCAGUCUGUGACGAGAGCAAAGACGUGACGGAUCCUGAGAAGGUGGAGGAGCAUCCUGAGGGUUGCUACUUUGAAGGAGACCAGAAGAUGCACGCUCCAGGAACAACAUGGCAUCCCUUCGUGCCGCCCUUUGGAUAUAUUAAAUGUGCCGUGUGCACUUGCAAGGGCUCUUCUGGAGAGGUGCACUGUGAGAAGGUGACGUGUCCGGUGCUCAGCUGCUCCCACCCUGUGAGGAGGAACCCCUCGGACUGCUGUAAGGAGUGUCCUGAGGAGGAGGAGGGCACCCCCCCAGGAGCAGUGGGGCUGGAGCACAGCGACAUGAUGCAGGCCGACGGACCCCGGCACUGCAAGUUCGGGAAGAGCUUCUACCAGAACAGCGACAACUGGCACCCCUGGGUGCCUCUGGUGGGGGAGAUGAAGUGCAUCAACUGCUGGUGUGACCACGGAGUGACUAAAUGUCAGAGGAAGCAGUGUCCCGCUCUGAGCUGCACCGACUUCAUCCGCAAGGAGGGGGUCUGCUGUCCUGAGUGCCUCGACUCCAAAGAGGAAGAAGUCCUGAUGACAAAAGCUCCGGACAAAAGACGAAACUGGAGACACUGAAUCUGUGAGGAGACUCCAAAACAACUCCUCUCCAUUUAAACCCUUCCCAUCAAUCCCACUGAUGGACCUGAACCCAGAACUGCACACUGGGACCCCCCCCCCCCUCACCCACCCUGUUAUCAGCUUCAGGAUUGUAACGAGCAGAAAAUAGCAGAGAUAAUAAUAUUAAAAAAACGUCCAAAGACUCUUUAAAUGAAGACGAAGCUACGAAGAGGAGCAACCCAGACUUUACACGCCUUUCCUGCUUCGCAUUUUUGCUCAGUUUUUUCGGGAGUCCAACUUUGGUCGGAUUUCAUCGACAGGGCUUCUCUUCGAAGUUCAGCCAUAAAGCCUCUCACUGGAGAGAGACGAUACGUGUUGCUUAUAUGUGUGUAUGUGUGUGUGUGUGUGUGUGUGUGUGUGUGUGUGUGUGUGUGUGUGUGUGUGUGUGUGUGUGUGUGUGUGUGUGUGUGUGUGUGUGUGUGUGUGUGAGUGUGUGUGUGUGUGUGUGUGGUGUGUGUGUGUGUGUGUGUGUGUGUGUGUGUGUGUGUGUGUGUGUGUGUGUUGUGUGUGUGUGUGUGUGGUGUGUGUGUGUGAGUGUGUGUUUGUUUGUUUGCCAGUAAAGAAGAAGACUAACCAAAGACAGAGAAAUACAGAAAAUGGCAAAACAGGGUUAAACUCUACGGAAGCCCUGAGAGGCCAUACAGUAAAAAAAAAGUCUGAUUUAAUUGUUUAUCAUUUUAAGUUUCUAAUAUUUUCUGAUGUUGUUGAAAAGAGAGAAUGUUUUGCAAGGUGAACAAAUAUAUAAUUUAGUUAAAGCAAGCUAAAAGUUAUUCUCUUGGUGUGUUGCUGUAAUACUCAUGUAGACCACACGAGGCACCCUUACCCCUUAUUCUGAAUACCACUCAUAUGGAUUAAAUACACUUCUAGCCCCCCCCAAAAAAAGUAAUGACUGUUAUGGUAACGUACCUGCUUCCUCACACUAUAUAUAGCUUGUGUUCAGAGUAGAGAAAUGAAAACACACCUUAAGAAAGAAACCAUAAUUGAUGCUUUUUAAACAUGCUAGUACAGUGGUAUCUUAGAAAAAGGAUCCUAACAAUUAAAUAAAUAAUUAGCAACAAAAUUAAACACAUUUUCCCACCUUUUUUACCAAUUAAGGAAUUUUGCAACAUUGUCUUGGCAACAGUGCCGUUAUAAGGAGAUAACAAGCCAUUAAAUCAGACUCAGUGCUUCUUCCUAAAGGAAAGCACAUGCUUCCGUUCCUGCUGCAGCUCUCUUGACAUCAGGGUGAGUAGAAACUGUAACCGGCUCAUCCUGAUGUUAUUCCAGUUUCAUUGGAGCUUCGCCUCACUCUCAUCGCUUUGGUUGUUCCCAUUUCUGUUUCUAAAUAAGUCAUAUUUGUUACGGUCAUUGUUGUUUAUGAAUAUGAAGCUGGUUUGUAUUUUGUAUUUAUUGAAUGGUGUAGAGACAAAAUAAAGAGAUGUUUGUUAAAGAGA